AUGGAUAUUAUGGGUUAUAAUGAGAGGAGAUGGAAGAAGGCGUCAGUGACGAUAAAGAGCGUUGGUCCGAAGCUGAUACCCUUCCUGAAAACCUCCUGCAUUUACUUUGUGCUGUGGCUGCCCACCUCCAACCCGUCGUGGUUCAGUGCGUUGAUUAAGUGUCUACCCGUACUUUGCCUGGCUUUCUUUGUGCUGGCACAUGGCGUUGGUCUGCGGAUGUUCCCAUCGUACUCCAAGAAAAUCCUUGUCGGCCUCCUCUUCUCUGCCCUUGGUGACGUUUUCCUCACUUGGGGCGACCAAGGAUUCUUCAUCCAUGGUAUGGCGAUGUUUGGGAUCUCCCACAUUCUGUACAGUUGGGCGUUUGGGUUACGACCACUGAGACUUUGGUUAGCUCUUUUGCUGAUGGCACUCGGAGCAGCUUUCUACACUGCGGUCUACUCCUACCUGCAGGGGCCCAUGGUCUAUGCCUUGGCGGGCUACAUCUUGGUGCUGGGGAUGAUGAGCUGGCGAGCAAUGGCACGGGCAGCCUGUUCCCGCUACAGACGGUCCUGGGGCCGCGGCUGCACAACGGCGGGAGCUGUGGUCUUCAUAGUCUCCGAUUUCGUCCUGGCUGUUGACCGGUUCUGCUUCCCCCUGGCCCACGCCCGUGCCUUCAUCAUGUCGACCUACUACACAGCCCAGAUGCUCAUCACCCUGUCCAUCAUUGAGCAGAGUGACCAGGACAAUUUCUGGAAGAGGAAUUAA